AUGAGUGCUCGAGAUGUCGACCUCGAGUUCGAGCAGGCAUAUCAGCGCCUCUUUUCGACGUCUGCUGCCCCAACAGGCGCCGGUAGAAGCACUAGUACCAGUUCAGAGCCUCGUGCAGAGUCUUCCCAAGCUCCGCAUCUAGUCGACAAUGACUUGCGAUCGUGGUCUACAUCCGCCGCGCCAUCUCGAGGCGACAGAUCGCGACAGCCGCAUGGCUUAGAUGCGUUGCCGCCGUUAGCAGGGAAGUCGUGGUUGCAAGAGCGAGCUCCUCGGGUGCAGCAGACACAACGCGAACGACCAUCGCAGGCAAGAUCCUUGCAAUCACCUCUCGACGCCUUGGCUCGCCAUGCUUCAAACACGAAGGGCAAAGCUCGCGCUUCCCCCCAACACCUUGAGGCAGAAGAACGUCCUAUGAAACGAGCUCAGCGCAACAGCACGGCGAUGUCAGCCCCGGCCGUGCCACAGUCGAACAACGUUCCUUACCCAGGCUCCGUAGCAUACUUCCCGUACCCAACCGGUCAGCCAUCUUAUCAGGUUUCAGGCCCCCUCAUCGCAUCUGGGUCAAGCAUGGCAACCAUGCCUGGUCAGGCCGUAGCAUGGACACAGCCCAUCAUGUCGGCAGGCCCCAUGCCGGCAAUAGGGUACCCAGGCUUCAGCGCUUCCGUCACAUUUUCGCAGCCUCAGUUCUUUGCAUCUCCACCACAACCGGUGCCAUCAGCACCGGUGGCUGUUCCGACGUCCGACGCUUGGCCGCAACAGUAUGCUGCUCCUCCGAUGUCCUACAAGCAACCGCAGUAUAAGACAUCGGUAUCGGGCCCUCGCCCGUCGCCACAUGCUUCUUCUUCAUCUUCGGUAGGCCGGCUUGUCGAACACGCCAGUGCUUUACGCAAAUGGAGCAAAAAGCAGGCGUCCCAGAUCGAUUCAAAAGAGCACCUUAGACGAGCUUUCAAGAGUGCGUCAAAUGCGGAUGUGCAAAAGCUCAGAGUCAAGCAGAAGCGACAGCCAAAGCAGCCAAAGCAGCCAAAGCCACAGCAACAAGAGCCAUGGAUACCAGAUGUCGACAGACCCGAACUCCGCAUCCCGAAGAAGCGCGGACGUCCUCCUCGCAUCCGCGAUGCCAGCCCACCAGAUGUGAAGCCUCUAGCCAACGCGACUGAAACAGCAAUCCGCAUCAAGACAGAAGAAGGAGCCGAAAUGCAGCCUAUGAAAACUGCUACCGUCCGGCCCACUUUCGACGGCAGUCUCCCGCUAGCGAGUGAUAGAGGCGCCCCUACAAACAGGGAAGCACACACACUCUUUAUUCACUCGCCACGGCGUUUACAGUGGCUUGCACGCCUUGCGAUCGUCCGAGCUGAACAAAAGACCACCAGCGGAAAGGACGCUGGCCCUUCUGUUGCAGAAACAAGUCAAUGGGCACGGUGGAGCAACUCUGUCGCUGCACGACUGCAACAUCUUCGCAACGAGGCUUUCCCGAUCAAUGACGAAGCUUCUACAUGCGCAUCUGCGUCGCAGCAAACACACUCGCAAUCCGAUCCAGUCGGCCUCUUUCCUCGCGAAAAGAGACAUGCAUACGUGGCGCUGCGCAAAGACCAACACUCGGCCAAAAGGACCGCAUCGACGCGCAUCUGCAUUCGAAAGCUGUUGCGCUACCUUUCAAACACAGCAAAAGCAGCGGAAGGUUUCGACUCGCGGAAGGAAGCGCGGGCGUUCCUGAAGGACAAACAUCGAGCGGACAGGUUAGCCAAGUAUAUGCUCAAAAGCACAAGACCGACAGCGUUGGAUCUGCGCAGGAUGUGGAGUGUCUGGGCUCGAGCUGCACAUGCUCGAAGUCUCAGCAAGGCUGACGUGCCAGAUAAGCAGCAGAGUAGGGUAUCGUUUGCACCGCCUGUGGACGAUUUCUCACAACAGCCGAAAGCGGGUGAAGGCGAGAGAGGCAUUCAGGUGAAGUUGGAACCCACGUCUCCGUCCAUUACGCGAUUCGUGUACACGCCACCGCGCACCGCCCAGGUCAAGCAAGAACCGGACUCGGACGGCAUCGCGACACCCCUUCUUCCCGAAGCACCUUUCCUGGGAGCUGCUUCGACUACACUGUCCCAGGCUGACGCCGAACGAUCGCCGGCGGCGGCAGUACGUACACAGGCGCCACUGUUCCUACGUCGUAAUUUCCGCGUGUAUCAGCUGCUUGGUCUGAAGGAUCUUCCGCUGUCAUGA